AUGGAAUGUCUAGCGUUAUCACCACUAAAAUUCAGUAUUUGGUCAACUGAUUGGUCCUUAAUACGUACCAAUCUAUUUGUCAAUGCACAUCCCAAGGCCAGCGUGGCUAGACUGCUACAAUACAUUCACUGGCAAAUGUGGUUACAGUGGAGAUGCGUGAAUAAUGGUAAAGAGGAUGCUGUAUUGGGAUCUGUAUCAGAUUACACGUUUUUCUACGGCCACAGACAAUUAGAUCUGGAGAUGCUUUUACAGGACAUUGAACCUGAUGGUAAGGGUUUCAUAAAAUUGCAAUUGGAGAAAAGACAAACUCAUAGUGGCGUAGCCAUUAAUUUGGAUUAUGAUAUGGAGAGUGAAUUCGAAGGUUUAAAUUUACAUAUAAAUGUCAACACAUUAUCUGUGGAGAAAAUGGCAUCUCAAUUGGAAUAUGUUCCUAUGGGGUUCACUGUGGGAAGACUUAAAAAAUUGGCUUUAAAGAUUUUAACUGAUUAUGAAACUGAUGAAAACCGAAGAAGUAUCUGUAAAUUAAAGGAUGAUCACAGCAUGCAAGAUUUACUUGGUUUAUCCGUCAAGGGAAGAAAGGAAAACAUUCACCUCAACAACGAAAAAAUUUCAGAAUUGUACGAAGAUAUGACCAUAGCAGAAUUCUUGGGCAUCGAUUUUGCUCCGCAGAACAACAGUUUUUUCAAUUUAAUGUUCAAGGUAAGGCAUGAUCAAAGUUAUUUAGACGCCGAGGAAAACAUUACCAUUGAAUUUGUGUCUGAUGCAAGACUGACGAUGAAUCAAAUGGUUGUAACUCCCAAUACCACUGUCGAACAAGUCAAGGAAUUUAUUUGCUCCGCUUAUACCCAUGCCUUACGUCUAUCACCCAACGAUGUGAAAUUGAUCUAUAAAGGACAACUGCUUCAUAGAUUAGAUCUAGCUGGCAACCUUGCAAAAAUUAUGGAAUACGUUAAAGAACCAGAAGGUGCGAAAUUGCACGUUUAUAUCAGUCAGGAAUACACCGAACCGGGACCUGGAUUCUGGAGUGAAUUGUUCCAUAAUCCCGAUAGGUUUGAUUUCAUGAAUACAAGAUCACAACAACAACAGCAAGAUCAACAGCGUCAACAACGAAACCAGCAACAGGAACAUCAGCAUAACCACUAUUCUUCACAACGGCAAGAGUCUACGAGACAAGCAGGUCACUCGUCCGUUUUGCCGGAUCUCAACCCAACUUCUGCCACAGCUGGACCUACGGCAGCGGCAGCAGCAGCGGCAACGGCAACCGCGCCAGGUAUAGCUACCACAUCUGCAACUCACACAGAUGCCGAAUCUCCUACGCUACAGCCUACGGUGCAGCAAGAAUUUAUAACAGAAUCAGGUGUGCCAAUUGAAAGAGGCCAAGAAAGUUUCACUCAGUGCAAUGUCGAUGGCGAGCAAGUCUGGAUUCCUUCGGAAAAAUUAAACACUGUUAAUGCGCAACUGGAGGUCAACGACCAGGUGUUUCCAGUGACUCCACAGGAUUUCAUCAUAUCCCAUGGUGUAGUCAGUCUAUCACCACAACUGAUCAAUCGCGUAGAAUCCUCCUUAGGAACCCGUUUUACCGCUAAUGAGAUUCCUCAUCCAUGGCCAAUUGAUAAUGAUACUCAAGUGUCCACUGGUAAUGAAGUACAGAAUCGAUUGGUUUCAUGGACCGGCGUAUUUUCAGGUCUUUUACUCCUCAUCAAGACUUUUUAUUUGAUUGCCAACAAUUCAGUGAUCCCAUUUUUCUUUGUAUUGGAAUUAUCCACCAUUUUCCCCAGAAAGUAUAUCACAUUGGUUGCCAUUCUCAUACUGCUGAGAACCAUUUGGAGUACAAGAGAAGUGUGGGACAUGUGGAUUAGUUUUUUCGACCUCAAUUCUAUCGACGAGUCUACUUACUGUGAGGUGAAAGACCACAUCAUCGACAAAAGACUUACAAGAUUUUUCUACAGAGACUGUGACUCACAUCCAGUCGUGAUUGAGAUCUUCAUGGCAUCCAAUCUAGGUGAAGAACGUCAACGGUUACAACAAAAUUACACUUUUGAAGAAUUUAAUGAACAGCACGGCGCACAAGCAUGGCACCAUUUUCUAAAGGGCGUGGGCCAGGGUACUAUUCGUAAAGAACCAUUAGACGAGUUUAUGGUCUCUUGUCUAAGAAUCUACGAAGACAGCAGAGCGGUAAUGCCACAUUCUUAUCAAGAAUCGUGGAAAAAACUAUUGAAAUUAGGACAAAAAGAUGUGGAAAGAAUCACUUCUCCUCAGAGAUUGCCUCUUCAUAGACGCCUAUUCAGGACUAUACAAUGGCAGAUCGAGAGGUCAAGGCCAUCCCAAUUAACCAUGACAAUCCUGGAACAAGUCGUACCUAAUCCGAUGCAGGAUAACCUCGUAUCAGCCAUUGCGAAAAAUAUAAUCCUUUUCUUUCUCAUCUUUAUACCGCCUAUCAAACGCAGAGUCGAUACCAUUCUCGAAGACCGUAAGCGUUCAAGAGAAGAGCAGCGACACGCACAACAGGAAGAGCAAAAUCCAACUGCACCUGUUGUUGAGACCAACAACAACGACGAUCAAGAACAACUGCUUCAAGAGCGCCCAGGUGCCUCCGGCGCUGCAUUACAUAACGCAGAUGAGUAA